ACUUAGCGGACAGGCAGAAGAACCACAAGAGUGACUAUGUUGUAUUAGCUAGGAAUUGAUAGAAACUGUUGCAAAUCGGUUCACUUCCUGAUUUUUGUAGUGCGAAAUAAGCCAGAAAAAACGGUGAAUCUUUCUGCUGUGUUUCGUGCGGUGCCAAAUGGUCAUAAUCAGUAGAGAACUUCGGAAGCGUGAGUAGGAUACAGCCAUCAUCGUCAUCAGCAUCGUCACCGUCUUCGCUGCAGCAACGCAAGGCGAAAGAAGGCAACUUCAGAAGAUCACCCGUUAUGGUGGAAAAGAAGGUCGUCGCCGCCGCCGCUCAUCGGUACACUUACAGCAAUGGAAAGAAACAUCGGUAGCUACAACAGCCUGCUGCGUUCUGAUGGUUGAGAUUUUCUUCCCCGGAAGAGUUGUGACAGAUGUAGACAGAUCUGUGCUGUGUACAAAAUGUAAACGCAUGUAAAAAUAAUUUGCAUGUUGGCAAAAUAUGGAACAUUUCCUAAUAGAUUUCGAUUAAAUAAUUUAGGAAAUUGUUAGUAGAAUGCUGCGAUAGUUUUCGAAUCAAACGCGAAGUGUUUAUAUGCAAAAAAAAUUGAGCAGUUUUUAAAUCUUUAGUGUAAAUAGUGCAUCACCAGGGGAAGGUAAUAAAUUUUUAUUAUCUUAUAUAUGUGACAAGACGCAAGAAGAAAAACAAUACAAUCAAAGAUUUCAACGCGGCCAACAGUUCUGUUUGUACGAGUUUGCUGUAAAAAUUGUCAUACACCAGUUUCCACAGCGUAAAUCAUCAACAAAAGUGCCGAAAAACGAGCGGCGGCAGCCAUACCAUGGGAAGCUGCAUCGGAAUCAAUCGCAACGAGCCGGAAACGCUCGAUACCGGAUCGGCUAACAUUACCCGGCCUGUCACGGGAAACACCUCCAGCUACGUCGGAGUGCAGCGUAAGAACCAUCCGCUGUGCCACGAAACGAUUCGCUGGAAAUCAGAAGUGCCAUUAACGGAGGGACAGUUGCGCAGCAAGCGGGACGAAUUUUGGGAUACGGCGCCUGCCUUCGAGGGAAGAAAGGAGAUCUGGGAUGCGCUGCGAGCUGCCACCACUGCGGCGGAAGCGCUCGAUUUUCAGCUGGCCCAGGCCAUCCUGGAUGGGGCCAAUAUUUCCGUCCCGAAUGGGUACCUCACCGAGUGCUACGACGAGCUUGGAUCGCAGUACAAGCUGCCAAUCUAUUGCUUGUCCUAUCCGAUCAAUAUAGUUAAGGAAGAUUACGGGCGCGACUCGCCUGCGGAAUACUCAGAGCCAGUUGAUGGAGGUACUGAAAUUAUCCUAAAGCUGCGGCUAUCGUCCACGUGUACAGAUACUAAAUUACCAGUGUAUUCUAAAGACACAAUCGGUCAGUGUAAAAAGAAGCUACAGGCCCAAGAAGGGAUCGAUGCAUUUACCCAGCGAUGGUUCUACGGGGGCAAGCUGUUAGGUGAUAAGAUGCACGUCGAAGAGGCCCACAUACAGUCUGGCUACAUUGUGCAGGUUAUUGUAAAUACCGAAAAACAAUCGUCACUAGCGAUUAGCUAGCCGAGAAACGAGCGCAGAAGGUACGACCACGGCAUCGCACAGCAGCAAACCACAGUACGAUGUAGACAAGCAGCAGAUGGUCUGAGAUUGAGCAGUGAUCAGGAUAUCGCAGCGCUGGUUCUCAACCCAAGUGCUGGCUGCCAAAGUUCAGAUGUGUUAAUAUAUAUUAAAUAUUAUUCAAACAGGAGAUUUGAUGCCGCUACGAUACCGGUGUGUGCGGGCAGACUCAGGUGCACCCAUGGCAAACAUGGCGUUGCUCUUGGCCUUGAUCGUUGUUGAACGCAGUUUUAGAGGGAUGUUGAGUGCAAAAUAAAGAAUACACUUGAUGCUGUCGGUAUAAUAGAGAAAAAAAAACUAAUUUAAGUAAGUGAUUAGCUAUUAAUAUACUGAUAAGAGGUAAUUAUUAAUAUAUUAUCGAUCAAUAA